UACUCUCUGCUCGUCUUCGACAACUUCCGACGUUCCGCCUUCAUUUCUGUUGUUGUGCCUGAACCUUACCGACCGGCUCGUCCCGUCGACUAUUCAAUUCUUUUUUUACUUAACGUCAGUCAGAACAUUUCUAUUUCUAAACACAAACCAUGGCAUUGAACAAACUCAGUAUCAAAAGUUUGGAAGUCGCUAACAAGCGAGUAUUGAUCAGGGUUGAUUUUAAUGUACCGCUGAAAGAUGGAAAAAUUACUAACAAUCAACGUAUUGUUGCUGCAUUAGACACCAUAAAUUAUGCCAUUGAAAAAGGUGCUAAAUCUUUGGUCCUUAUGUCUCAUCUUGGACGUCCAGAUGGUUUACCUAACCCAAAGUACUCCAUGAAGCCAGUUGCUGAGGAACUUAAGAAACUCCUUAAUAAGGAUGUUACAUUUUUACCUGACUGUGUUGGCCCUGAAGUUGAAAAAGCUUGUGCAGAUCCUGCUCCUGGUACAAUAUUCCUUUUAGAGAAUCUUCGAUUCCACAUCGAAGAAGAAGGAAAGGGUGUAAAUGCAGCUGGUGAAAAAGUAAAGGCUGACAAAGAAGAUGUAAAAAAAUUCAGAGAAUCAUUGAAGAAGUUGGGAGAUGUAUAUGUCAAUGAUGCUUUUGGCACUGCUCAUAGAGCUCACAGUUCUAUGAUGGGAGAUGGUUUUGAAAAGCGUGCUGCUGGCUUCUUGUUAAACAAAGAACUUACAUAUUUUGCUAAAGCUUUGGAUAAUCCUGAAAGGCCUUUCUUAGCAAUUUUGGGUGGAGCUAAAGUUGCUGAUAAGAUUCAACUUAUUGAAAAUCUUCUAGACAAAGUCGAUGAGAUGAUUAUUGGUGGUGGUAUGGCAUAUACAUUCCUAAAAGAAUCAAAAGGCAUGAAAAUUGGUGACUCUCUUUAUGAUGAAGCUGGAGCAAAAAUAGUUAGCAAAUUAUUAGAAAAAGCAAAAGCUCGCAAUGUUAAAAUUCAUUUGCCAGUUGAUUUUGUUACUGCUGAUAAAUUUGAUGAAAACGCUAAUACUGGUUCUGCAACUGUUGAACAAGGAAUUCCUGAUGGAUGGAUGGGUUUGGACUGUGGGCCAGAAUCCCAAAAAUUGUUUGCUGAACCUAUUGCUCGUUCUAAAGUUAUUGUAUGGAAUGGGCCUGCCGGAGUAUUUGAGUUUGAUAAAUUUGCUUAUGGUACAAAAGCAUUGAUGGACGCUGUUGUAUGUGCAACUAAAAAUGGAACUGUAACUAUAAUUGGUGGAGGUGAUACUGCAACUUGUGCUGCCAAAUGGGGCACGGAAAGUCAAAUCAGUCAUGUUAGCACUGGAGGUGGUGCAAGUCUUGAAUUACUUGAAGGAAAAGUUUUACCAGGAGUUGCAGCUUUAACUGAUGCAUAAACAAUUAAAAUAUAGUGUAUGUCAAAUAUUUA